CAACAGAUGGCUCCCUGCAAAGUGAGGACUGGACAUUGAACAUGGAGAUCUGUGACAUCAUCAAUGAGACGGAGGAAGGGCCAAAGGAUGCCAUCCGAGCCCUGAAGAAGCGGCUCAAUGGGAACCGGAACUACAGAGAAGUGAUGCUGGCGUUAACAGUGCUGGAGACAUGUGUGAAGAACUGUGGCCACCGCUUCCACAUCCUUGUGGCCAACCGAGAUUUCAUCGACAGUGUUCUGGUCAAAAUCAUCUCUCCCAAGAACAACCCUCCCACCAUUGUACAGGACAAAGUGCUCGCUCUGAUCCAGGCCUGGGCUGAUGCCUUUCGAAGCAGUCCUGACCUCACUGGGGUUGUGCACAUAUACGAGGAGCUGAAGAGGAAAGGGGUUGAAUUCCCCAUGGCAGACUUGGACGCCCUGUCUCCUAUACACACUCCACAGCGGAGCGUCCCUGAAGUGGAUCCAGCCGUGACCAUGCCCAGGUCCCAGUCACAGCAGAAGACAAGUGCCGGCUCCUAUUCCUCGCAGCCUCCUGCUCCCUACUCCGCUCCGCAGGCCCCGGCUCUCAGCGUGACUGGCCCCAUCACGGCCAAUUCAGAACAGAUUGCCAGGCUGCGGAGUGAACUGGACGUUGUUCGAGGAAACACUAAGGUCAUGUCUGAGAUGUUAACAGAAAUGGUCCCCGGACAGGAGGACUCGUCUGAUCUGGAGUUGCUGCAGGAGCUGAACAGGACCUGCCGGGCCAUGCAGCAGCGCAUCGUGGAGCUCAUCUCCCGCGUGUCCAACGAGGAGGUCACAGAGGAGUUGCUGCACGUCAACGAUGACCUCAACAACGUCUUCCUCCGAUAUGAGAGGUUUGAACGGUACAGGUCGGGCCGAUCAGUUCAAAAUGCCAGUAAUGGGGUACUGAAUGAAGUGACUGAAGACAACUUAAUAGACCUGGGGCCAGGGUCUCCAGCUGUGGUGAGCCCGAUGGUGGGGAACACAGCACCCCCAUCUUCCCUCUCCUCCCAGCUUGCAGGCUUGGACUUGGGGACAGAGAGCGUCAGUGGCACCCUCAGUUCACUCCAGCGGUGUAAUCCCCAUGAUGGCUUUGACAUGUUUGCCCAGACAAGAGGGAACUCUUUGGCUGAGCAGCGCAAGACGGUGACCUAUGAGGAUCCCCAGGCCGCUGGAGGACUCGCUUCUGCACUAGACAGUCGAAAACAGAGCUCGGAAGGGAUCCCCGUUGCGCAGCCUUCUGUCAUGGACGACAUUGAGGUGUGGCUCAGGAUGGACCUGAAGGGCGACGACCUGGAGGAGGGCGUCACGAGUGAAGAGUUUGAUAAAUUCCUUGAAGAAAGAGCCAAAGCUGCGGAAAUGGUUCCUGACCUCCCCUCACCCCCGGCGGAGGCCCCCGCUCCAGCCUCAAACCCUCCUGGCCAGAAGAAGCCAGAGCGGUCAGAGGAUGCCCUCUUCGCCCUGUGAGUGGCUCUGUGGUUUGCCUCCCCAGAUGGCAGGUCACCGCCCGCUCGCUGUGGACACCAGGCGCUGGCAACUCCUCCCAUCCCCAUCCCCCCUGCGCCUGCACACCUGUGUCUCCCUGGAAAUGCCACCGUGUCUGCUCCCAGGCCUCCCACUAGUCAGGAUCAGCUUCGGCCACCUUUUUCCCUCUGGUGGUGGGACAGCUGCAGCCAGAGGCCCCUCCAUCCCCUCCUCUCCCCUCACGGCCCCUUCUGCCCAGGUUUCCUCCCAGGAAGAGUGGGCAGAGUGGCCCAGCCCCAGGCAGGGCAGCCCCUUAGCACUGUUUCCUGAGUGGACCUGGACGGUCUUUCUUCCAGUCAUCCACCCACCCAGAGAGAAGGGGCGACCCGGGCCCCUCCGUGUGCCCCACCUCCACCUGGUACGGCUGCCCUCCCAUGCUCCUCUCUUCCAGGAGGGGCUUUGUGCUGCUGCCUCUGGAAGAACAGGGCACAGUUGCACUCACAGGCCUGGUCUCCUUCUUGGACUGUGUCACCUUGUGGCACAUGGUGUGGCUGUACUUUAGAAGUC